UAAGAUAGGUAGGUACCUACUGUCAAAAUAAAACAAAUUCAAAAUUGCCAAUUUCGAUUCUAAAACAAGCUGCACAGUGCACUCUAGUCCUAGACAAAAUUACAAAAUCCACUUCUAUUAGUUAUUUACAAGCGUUUACAUAUUGAAGAUAUUAACAAAAUAAUGAACGACGUAGAUUCUCUUUUUAAACCGAUAGUACUAGUGACAGGUUUUGGGCCGUUUUUGAAUCAUCCAGUGAAUGCAAGCUGGGAAGCUGUGAGAUCUAUGAAUAAAGAGGAAAUAGAGAAUAAGCAUAAUAUAGAAUUGGUGCAGCUGGAGAUUCCCGUCACCUAUGAGAACGUGGACGAGUUUGUUCCAGCACUUUGGGAAACACACACUCCCAAGCUGAUGAUCCAUGUCGGUGUAUCCAAGAUAGCGCACCACAUAACGCUAGAGACUCAAGCCCACAGGAAAGGGUACCAAAAACUUGACUACUUUGACAAAUGCCCUGCCAACCAAUCGUGUACUGCAGAUGGAGCCAUCAGAAUACACACUAAACUAGAUGUGGAGAAAAUAUGCAAAGACUACAAUGAUAAGCCACAGAUGGACACAAGUGCUAUCACUUCCAGAGAUGCUGGAAGGUACCUCUGUGAGUACAUUUACUAUACAUCCCUCAGUGUAGACAACACUAGAACACUUUUCGUUCAUGUGCCAGAUAUGGAUAUUUACUCUUCGGACCAGUCUGCCAAAGCCCUGGAGAGGAUAUUGGAGUUAUGUUUAGAACAGGUAUCUGCAAAUGAUUCUGCCAGCGAAGUUACAGAAAAGAUGCAAAACAAAUGUUCCUUGGAAUAAGCCAUACUAAUUACGUAAAUGGAGCAACCGACGCACAAUCAUUUUAUAGAACAGAACCGCCAUUGCAACAACUGAUUCUGUUGGACAAAUUGAUCCAGUGAUCAAUUCAAAUAUACAAAAAUAUUAUAUAGA